GCACUGGGCGUUGUGCUCCGAUACUGUGAAUCAAAAGGGACGCGCGGCGCGGCAACAAUAACGACUCCGUAAUAGAAAACAAGUGCCUUAGCUGCCUUAGCAGGUGGUGGUGCAGCGACAGCGACGGAGAGGAUGUCUUGCUGCGCCGGUAACAAGAACGAGGAGGGCGGUGUCCAGCCGACCCACGUGCGGGGAUGCACGGACGUCGUUUGGCUCUGUCUUUUCAUAGCGUUCUGGUUUCUUAUGAUUUUGAUCGCUGCCUUUGCGAUAGUCUAUGGCAAUCCUGUACGCUUGAUAAAUGGAUACGACAGUUUCGGGAACACAUGUGGGGUGAAGAAGAAUGUGAAAUUUGGUAGCAUGGAGCUUUCCGGGCAGGAUACCAGUGAUAAACCAUUCCUGUUCUUCCUAGAUAUAAAUAACGUCACGCAGUCAUUGAAGAUUUGUGUGAAGAAAUGCCCUGACAGAAUUAUGAAGGAAAUGGAGGACAUCUGCCAAUUUUACAAGGAGACAGGCUCACAAUUGUGCCACGACCGUCCAGGCAGCGAUUUUAGCGCGUGCAACAGCGAGAGCAGUAAAUUCAAGAACGGCUCUUGCCCUGAGCGACCAGUUUAUCCUAGUGUACCUGUUUUAAAUCGAUGUAUCCCGAUGGCGAUAAAGGAAGUGAGCGAAGUAGUAAUCUCAAAUUUAUAUGGCUUUAUCAACUCGUGGGAUGUUAUCGAACAGGUUUUGGGAGAUCUAUGUAAAACCUGGAGACAAAUUCUGGCGUUGUCUUUUCUUGCUUGUGUUUUAUCUCUCUUUACAAUAGCCAUCUUUCAUUUACUGGCAAGUGUUGUAACAUGGAUUAUAAUUGUGCUUGUAACAAUUGCUUCCACGGGUGGUACAAUUCUCUUAUGGCUGACAUAUGUCGAUAUUAAGAAAACCUUGGAUAAAACUGAUCCAAACCAACUUCUCGAAGAAGCUGUUAGAAAUGAAAGAGCAUUUCUCGCAUUUUCCAUUAUUGCUACUACUAUUACUAUUAUUUUAGCGUUUCUAUCAUGUAUAUUACGUAAACGCAUUAGUUUUAUGGCUGCAUUAUUCAAGGAAAGUGCAAAAUGUUUGAAAGAAUUACCUGGCCUAUUUUUUCAACCAGUUCUAACAUUUAUAUCUUUGAUGCUAUUUUUUUCCUUUUGGGUAUUUGUAAUUCUUUGUCUUGCAACAGCAAACUAUCCCGAGACAAAAUCAGUGCAAAUGUACAAAAAUACUAUAUUUGAGCCUGUGAAUUUAAGUUCUAUUGGUGAAAAGGCUCCAUUAAUUGAGGAGAAAAAGUUUGAUUUUUCUCUUGAUUCUUUCAAAACUUUCACUCUUGUGGAAUAUGUUGAUGCGACUUGGGUGAAAUACAUGUGGUGGGUGUAUCUCAUAGGAUUGAUAUGGACAUCGGAAUUUAUUGUUGGAUGCCAAGCCAUGGUAAUAUCAGGUUCCGUUGCUCAUUGGUACUUUAGAGGUAAAAAUGCCAGCUCAUAUCCAGUAUGUUCAUCCAUAGGACACUUAAUCUGUUAUCAUAUGGGCUCUGUAGCAUGUGGAUCACUUUUGAUAACUAUUUUCAAAUUACCCAGAUUGAUUUUAAUGUAUCUGCAUGCCAAAUUUGAAAAAACUAAAGAAACAUCUCCAUGCGCUCAGUGUGGUUUAAAAGUCUGCAUUUGCUGUUUCUACUGUUUGGAGAAAUUUAUUCGAUAUAUGAAUAACAAUGCAUACACUGUUGUUGCUAUAGAAGGAACUCAUUUUUGCAAUGCGGCCAAAAUAGCCUUUACAACACUCGCCAGUAAUGCUCUUCAAAUAGCAGUGAUCAAUGGUUUUGGCGAUUUUAUAUUGUUCUUAGGAAAAUGUUUCGUUACGGCUACGACUGGAAGCAUCGCAUUACUUUUUAUGAGACAAAAUCCCGAACUACAUUUUUAUGCUAUUCCGAUCUUCAUUAUUUGCGUUUUCUCAUUCUUCAUCGCUCAUUGUAUAAUUUCUCUUUACGAAACGGUUAUCGACACGUUGUUCUUAUGUGUAUGCGAGGAUAAGAAUUUAAAUGGUGAAAAUGGAAAGUGGCGUCAAUCUACGUUAGCACAACUUGGAUCCUCUAGCAGCAAUGCAAACGGACAACAGUCCCACGAAAUGACACCGAUAAACGAAUAAGUAUCUAACACUAUGGAUGUAUCUUUUUUUAUACUCAUUUUUUGUACACGUAUUUUUUAUGAUAGAAUACUUGCUUUUGCAUUUUAUGAUCUAUAUAUCUAAUAAGACUAAAAGAGUACAUUCCUUUCGCAUACAAUGUUCAUAUUGUUACACAAAUAACUCUACAAAAAACGUCUCGAGAAUUAUUUUUAUAAUGGUUAGAGAUAUAUUAGGAACAUGUGAAGAUAUGAUCAUUCAUAAUAUCAUAUUUUUAAUACAUGAUGAGAUACAAAAUAAGAAUCAUAUUAUAAAGCAUAAUAUAUCUAAUAUUUUUAUCUAAUUAUGUGUAAUUUCAGAAUAUCAUAAUUUUUUUCUCUGAUGUUUAAGUAUGAACGUUCAUUUCUUAAGACUACAGGUUUCUUUUUUGUGACUAAAUCAUUGCCAAAAUUUCCUGAAUUAUUGCUGUAUUUUUUUCUAUUUCAAGAUAAUUAGGCAAUCUUAAUUAAAAUGCAAAAUUCUCGUUCAUAUUAUCAAAGAGUAAGUUAUUUGCAAUUUUUGAUAACGUGAAUGAAUUAUGCUUUAUAAAAUAGACUAAUGCAGCGUUGCUCACUUUGAGAUUUACAAUCCGUUUGUACUUAAGUUAAUUUUUAAUUUAACUGCCAGACUUUAAGGGAAUCUUAAAGCCGUCUGUUUUAUCGCCAUUUUUUUGACAAAUAAACUAAUUUUUUAAUUGGCUUUAUAAAAUUGCAAAAGUCUUUUACAGAAUUAAAGUACGCACAAAAAUUUAAAGAAAAAUGAUUGAAUUUAUAUGAAAAACGAAAAAAACUUUAUUUUUAGUAUGUAGAACUGUCAUUUAAUGACAAUAUUUGCUCAAUAUACAAAAUCUACUAUAUGUAAAUGAAAGCGUAUUUCUCCAGGGAUAACAUAUACGAACAAUAUCGUGCAAUUCAAACUAAGAUUUAAAAAAUAUUAGCUAAAAACUAGAAAAAAAUUAGCUUCUUUAACUAUUUAUAGUUAAUCCAGAUAUAGAAUGAUAAAAACAGCAGUCUGAAAAAUUUUUUUAUUCUAUAAAGUCCAGUAUAAAGUUUAAUUCAUAGACUGAUAUUAAUAUGUGUACUUUAAUUCUGGAAAAGCAUUUCCAAAUCUAUAAAAGAAAUACAUACAAAAUAUUGUUAAUGAUGUGCACGAAUGACUCUACAUUAUUGACUCAGAUCAAAUUUGACUUUAGCAUCCCUUUAAGAUAUAGAAUAUUUUAUAAUAUUCAUAUUAAAAUUAUGAAAAAAAGAUUAGACGAUAUUAUAGACAAUGUUUUAUAAGAAUUUUUUAUUUUGUGGAAUAUAUGUUUCAUUCAGUAUUGAAUAUGUGAUCGAUGAACAAAAUAUAAAUUUAUGCACAUCUUUUCUAAACUUUAUAUUUGCAUCAUCAAAGUGCCAUUGCACAAACUGUAAACUCUGUGUCUUAAGGAUAUUUACUGUAAUAAGUACUACUAUUAGAUUUUAAGAACACAUAAAAAAACAAGUGCAAGUCAAUUGCUGCUUUCCCUUUACAUCAAAGCUCAGAUAAUUCUCACUUGUGACGUCAUAACACAGUUAAAUGCACGUUUCUUUUGCAUUUUUACAAGUGAGAUUCAACUGAGUUUUUUCCUACAAUCUGAGCAAUUUCAAGACCGUGUGCUUUACCGAGUUUCGCAUACUCACUUUAGAAGUAAGGUUAUAUAUUGAGAUAAUUUUGUCAUUAAAAUAAGGGUGAUCACUUGUAUGUUACUUUAAAUCACUGAGUAAUGACGUCACUAUCUGAGUAUGAAAUACUCACAUUACUGAGUGACUCAGUCUCACUUUCAGAUAAAUGGAAAGCAGCAAUAGUUGCAAGGAAAGUACAAUUACUUAAAGAAUAUACAUUCUAAUGCCGAGUGCAAUUAUUUAUAGCAGUUUGUAACAUUUGUGCAAUUAUCUCAAGAAAUUUUUAUAUGUAAAAUAUGGAUUAUUAUAUUAUUGAAAUGAAUUAUUUCUUUGCAAAAAUGAAAAAUCUAUUUUUUAAACUUUACAAAAUUUUCAUUCUAUUAAUCAUAAAUAUUUUGAAGUAAAGUAGAUAAUUACAAUUUAUUUUACAUCUAGAUAAUAAGAGGCUUUUGUGUUUUGAUGUACAAAAUAUUUUAAGCUACUUUAAAAUGUAUUAAGCAGGUAUACCUGUAUGAAAAUUAUAUGUAGAUAAGAUUUACUAUAUACUCUACACGUAUAAGAUUUCUAAAAUAUAUAUUUAAAGUGCUUAAUUUAUAAAUUGACACAUAAAUUUGUGUUAAUAAAUAUGGCAUAUUAAUUACAAAGUACAAAAUAGUAUAAUGAGGUGUAUUUUAAAUAAUCAUGAUACCAUAAUAAUCACAUGUUAUUAAUAAGAUACAUUACGUCGCCAAUAUUGAAUAAUUGUAUUAAUAUUGAGAAAUAUUAUUUUUCUUUCAAUUAUAUAUAAAUCAAUGUUUGUGAUCGAAAAAGUUUAUUAAAAAAAAGUAAAUCAAAAUUCGUUACACACUCACACACACACACUAUAUCACGCACGCGCAAAUAACGUAUUACAAAAUUAUUUUAGUUAUCUUCUAAAGAAAAUAAUAUCACAUGAAGUAAAAA